AUGGAAGAGCUGACCGCGUUUGUCUCCAAAUCUUUCGACCAGAAGAGCAAGGAGAGCAGCGGCGGCGGAGGAGGCGGCGGCGGCAAGAAGGACACCAUCACCUACCGGGAAGUUUUGGAGAGCGGACUGGCGCGCUCGCGGGAGCUGGGCAACGCCGACGGCCCCAGCCUGCAGGAGCUGGCCGAGACCGGCGCCCACUGCCCGGUGCACCUCUUCAAGGAGCACGCCGAGAGCGACAAGGACAAGCUGAAGGACUUCAACCACGCCGGCCGGACCGCCGAAGGGAUCUACGAGUGCAAGGACAAGCGGGAGGACGUGAAAUCCGAGGACGAGGACGGGCAGACGAAACUCAAGCAGCGGCGGAGCAGAACCAACUUCACACUGGAGCAGCUGAACGAGCUGGAGAGGCUCUUCGACGAGACGCACUACCCGGACGCCUUCAUGCGGGAGGAGCUGAGCCAGCGGCUGGGCCUGUCGGAAGCCAGGGUCCAGGUUUGGUUCCAGAACCGAAGAGCCAAAUGCCGAAAGCAGGAGAACCAGAUGCACAAAGGGGUGAUCCUCGGGACGGCCAGCCACUUGGACGCCUGCCGGGUGGCCCCUUACGUCAACAUGGGGGCGCUGCGGAUGCCUUUCCAACAGGUCCAAGCUCAACUGCAGCUGGAAGGAGUCACCCAUGCACACCCUCACCUCCACCCUCACCUGGCUGCGCAUGCCCCUUACCUGAUGUUCCCUCCUCCCCCUUUUGGACUCCCAAUUGCCUCCUUGGCAGAUUCUGCCUCUGCAGCUGCCGUGGUGGCUGCAGCUGCAAAGAGCAACAGCAAAAACUCAAGUAUCGCGGAUUUGAGGCUGAAGGCCAGGAAACACGCAGAGGCCCUGGGGCUUUGACAUUUCCUUCCCAGAUGCCUGUUCGUUGCUAAGGAUGGACAAUAACUCUCCCUCCUCGUCUCCUUUAGCCCAUCUCCAAGCUUG